GUCGAGGCGAGGGACUCCCGAGGACCCCCGGAGCCCGGCGGGGGGAGCUCCCCCGCCAGGGGCGGGGAGACGGGCGGGGAGCAGGGGCCGGGGAGCGGGGGGGGCCGGGGCGGGGGCCCGGGCCCUCAGGAUGUUCCCGCAGGGACGGCACCCGACCCCCCUCCAGCCCGGGCAGCCCUUCAAGUUCUCGGUCCUGGAAAUCUGCGACCGCAUCAAGGAGGAAUUCCAGUUCCUGCAGGCUCAGUACCACAGCCUGAAGCUGGAAUGUGAGAAGCUGGUGAGUGAGAAGACAGAGAUGCAGAGACAUUAUGUCAUGUACUAUGAGAUGUCGUACGGACUGAACAUUGAAAUGCACAAGCAGGCAGAGAUUGUCAAGAGACUGAGUGCCAUCUGCGCCCAGAUUAUACCCUUUCUGACACAGGAGCACCAGCAGCAGGUCCUGCAGGCUGUGGAGCGGGCCAAGCAGGUGACCAUGGGGGAGCUGAACAGCAUCGUUGGGCAGCAGCAGCUUCAGCAUCUCUCCCACCACGCAUCCCCCAUCCCGCUGACACCCCACCCCUCCAGCAUGCAGCCUUCUAGCCUGAGCGGGGUCAGCGGCACCUCGGGGCUCCUGGCCCUCUCGGGGGCAUUGAUGGCACAGUCUCACCUGGCUGCCAAGGAGGACAGAGUGGCCCAGGAUGGGGAGAACAGAGAGCGCACCCCGAGCCGGGGCAAAGUGUCCAGCCCUUCUGCUGUUACCCUGAGCAGAGCCCAGCGCUUCUGCCCUGGCUGCUGGGGCAGCCCAGUUCCUCUGAGCAUUUCUGCUUCCCCUCCCGAAAGCCUGCAGGAUGAGGAGCGGACGGGAGGCACGGGGCUGAAGCGGAAGCGGGAGGAGAAGGACCUACCUGGGCAUUACGAUAGCGAUGGGGACAAGAGUGACUACAACCUUGUGGUGGAUGAGGACCCCCCCUCGGAGCCUGGCAGCCCUGGCCGUGCACCCAGCAGCCGGCUCCCGCCAGCCCGCCGGGAGAUGCCCGAGAGCCCUGCCUCCAUUGCCUCCAGCCGGAGCACGACGCCCCUCAAGCCGAAGGACCAGAGUCUGACCGACCCUCCAGCCAGCGCUCCCACCUCCAAGCCCGUCACUUCCUCGCCGCCUCGCGACUCCCUCACACCCGGCCCUGGGCCCAGCUCGGCCGCCUUGCUCCGGCAGCCCCCUGCCAAGGCACCUGCCACCGACACCAUCACUCUCCGCAGCCCACUGAGCAUGUCCAGCCCCUACACAUCCUCCUUCGGGAUGGUGCCUCAUGCCACCCUCAAUGGGGAGCUCCCAGCCUCCAGCAUGUACAUGGGCAUCCACCUCUCGCCGCAGGUCAGCAGCGCCAUGAUGUACGGCCGGUCCGCGAUGGUGGCUUUUGAGUCGCACCCUCACCUGAGGGCUUCCACCAUCUCAUCUUCACUCCCCACCAUCCCUGGAGGGAAACCCGCCUAUUCCUUCCACGUCAGUGCCGACGGGCAGAUGCAGCCGGUGCCUUUCCCACCCGAUGCCCUCAUCGGCUCUGGCAUCCCCCGCCACGCUCGGCAGCUUCACACCCUGACCCACGGCGAGGUGGUCUGCGCUGUCACCAUCAGCAAUUCCACGCAGCAUGUCUACACCGGGGGCAAGGGCUGCGUGAAGGUGUGGGAUGUGGGGCAGCCGGGCACCAAGACGGCUGUGGCUCAGCUGGACUGUUUGAACCGCGACAACUACAUCCGCUCCUGCAAGCUGCUGCCUGACGGCCGGAGCCUUAUCGUGGGGGGGGAGGCCAGCACCCUCUCCAUCUGGGACCUGGCAGCCCCAACGCCCCGCAUCAAGGCCGAGCUCACCUCCUCUGCCCCCGCCUGCUAUGCCCUGGCCAUCAGCCCCGACGCCAAAGUCUGCUUCUCCUGCUGCAGCGACGGCAACAUCGUGGUGUGGGACCUGCAGAACCAGACCAUGGUGAGGCAGUUUCAAGGCCACACAGAUGGUGCCAGCUGCAUCGACAUCUCUAACUAUGGCACCAAGCUGUGGACAGGGGGGCUGGACAACACAGUACGGUGCUGGGACCUGCGGGAAGGGCGUCAGCUGCAGCAGCAUGACUUCAGCUCCCAGAUCUUCUCCCUGGGGUACUGCCCAACAGGAGAGUGGCUGGCAGUGGGCAUGGAGAGCAGCAACGUGGAGAUCCUGCAUGUCACCAAACCUGAGAAGUACCAGCUGCACCUCCAUGAAAGCUGCGUCCUCUCCCUCAAAUUCGCCUCCUGCGGGAAGUGGUUCGUGAGCACGGGGAAGGACAACCUGCUGAAUGCCUGGCGGACACCCUACGGAGCCAGCAUCUUCCAGUCUAAAGAGUCCUCAUCUGUGCUGAGCUGUGACAUCUCUGUCAAUGACAAAUUCAUCGUUACGGGCUCUGGCGACAAGAAGGCCACCGUGUACGAGGUGGUGUACUGAGGCCCCGUCAGUCACCAUCCCUCAUCCAUCAGGGAAGGGGUCAGGUAUUGCCAAAAGCCACCGGGGCUAGUGGUGGAGGCCUCCCAUGCUGGGCCAGCCCUCCUGCAGCCCUGCUUUCCCUCCUCCUCCUCUCCUUUCAGCCACCCUCCCAGUUCCUGCCCAGCAUGUUACAGAGGUGAAGGGGAGAGUUGGAGGUGAGCACUUGUCAUGGCCAGGCAUCCCCUGAGGCUGGGCAGUGCAGGGGCUGGUCUGAGCAUCCUACAGCCUGUCUGUUCGUCAGGAUGGCAAGAUGAGGCCAAGAGUGACGGAGAUAGUGUUGCUCCUGAAGUAUUGCUACUGAUUUAAUAGCACCCAUUUUCUGCUGUGAAACAGCUGUAAAUUAUCAGUAAAGAAAUGUAUUUAACUGUGUUUUCAAUCCCUUACUAAUAAAAAAGACCAAAAGAG